UAUUCAAAUAACAAGAACGUUAAUGAAAAGUAAUUUGGAAAUCUCAAUUAAGUUCAAAGUGUAAUAAUAGCGGCGUGGUGUAGUUUAACAUAAGAACUCAUAAUUUUGUGGUGAAAAAAUGGUGAGAUAUCGAGCGUUGAGAGGUUUUUAUGAAACUGAAAGGACGAUAGGAUGCGGUGGGUUCGCCAAAGUUAAACUUGCUACCCACUUGGCUACCGGUGAAAAGGUUGCCAUCAAGAUAAUGGAUAAAACCACCCUUGGUGAAGACUUGCACAGAGUCAAACUCGAAUUGGAAGCUUUAAAAUCAUUCUCCCAUGAACACAUUUGCCAGUUGUAUCAAGUUAUUGAAACUGAUUCGCAUUAUUUCAUUGUUAUGGAAUAUUGUUCGGGCGGAGAGCUGUUUGAUCAUAUUGUGGAGAAAAAUCGACUCACUGAAUCCGAAAGUAGGAUGUUUUUUAGGCAAAUAACUUCAGCUGUAGCAUAUCUACACAGUUUAGGUUAUGCCCAUAGAGACUUAAAGCCAGAGAAUGUUCUACUGGACAAAAACCAAAACUUGAAAUUGAUAGACUUUGGGCUAUGUGCAAAGCCCCAGGGAGGUAUGGAUAACCCUCUGUUCACAUCUUGUGGGUCACCGACUUAUGCAGCCCCUGAACUCGUUAUGGGCAGGCAGUAUUUAGGACAAGAAGUCGAUGUUUGGGCGAUGGGGGUGCUAUUAUACGCUCUUCUAACGGGUAGUCUACCCUUUGACGAUGUGAACGUUGAUAAUCUGUACAAGAAAAUUCUGUGCGGUAAAUAUUGCGAUCCGCCCUACAUAUCCAGACAAAGUUCGGAACUGAUAAGAUCGAUGCUUCAAGUUGAUCCGGAGAAGCGUAUCACGGUCGCCCAAUUGCUGUCGCACCCGUGGCUCACACUGGGUGUUCUCGAUCCGGUCGAUUUCCAACCGAAACAUUACAAAACGUACGACUCUGCCUGCCUGAAUGCCAUGGCGAGACAUCUCGAUACGGAUGUCCAAAGCCUGUGGGGCGAGGUGUCCAAGUGGAAAUACGACUACGGGACCGCUACGUAUUUUCUGCUGAUGUGUCGUAGGAAGAGGGGCGAGAGUUUGAAAUUGAACCCCUUAUUCAGGCCCGAGGCGAUGGGCUGCAAUUUUGAGGGUGAAAAAGUGCGCGGAGUGCUGACGCCGAGCACUAGCAACGGAAGAAACUGCCUUUCGCCCUACCUUCCGAAGACUCCGUCAUCCGCCGUACCGAUGAGACGUUCUCGAUUUAAUGGUAGAAUCGAAGAUGACGACAAGCGCAUAGCUGGACGGUUUCCUGAUCCGAAGAAGCCGACCUGCGUGCCCCAGAGGUCAUUGAAGAGACCCAGAAGUCCAUUCCUCGAGGAUGCUUCACCAGUGCCGUUCAAGAAAGCGGCUACGCCGGGAAAGUUAACCCCCAAAACACCGGAAAGGAAACGGCGGGCCUCCAAUUCCGACACUCCGGGUUCGACGAAGAAGGUGCUGGACAGUAUUGAAAAGUCCUUGAAUAGGGUGCGCUACGCGUUUACGCCCAAAAGGAACUGCGAAAACGCUCCUCGGCAACCCGUUUUACUCAACAACAACGAGUUAUUUAGCGUCUCGACUACCCAGUGCAAGGAUCCCGAGCUUAUCAUCAACGAACUCUCCAAGGGCUUCAAGCAACGGGGUAUAGAGUGUAAACGUAAGGGAUUCACUUUGAAGGGCAACCUGGAACCGAAUCAGAUCGGCAGAUUCGGCGGUUGUUCGUUCGAACUUGAAAUCUGCUACUUGCCUAUCCUUGGUUUACCCCAUACGUCCAACAAUCGAUCGGGUGCCGCCACCAAGGCGAUCUUAAAGAAACCCCACGAAAGCAGAGACCAUCAAGCGGUCACGGGCUCGCAUUUAGUCGGUAUCAGGAGGAAGAGAUUGAAAGGCGAUUCUUGGUGCUACAAGAAGGUUUGCGAACAGAUUCUCGCACUUGCAUCCCCAGCUGGAUCGAGUGGGGACUCUGCGGUGUCCGAGUCGGCAGUGUAACUUCCGUUUCACUUCUCUACCUCGAUAGUCAUGUAUAUGUAUAGGGAUUUGAUGGUCGAAGAACUCGACGCCUGUGAAUUGUUUCAAUAGGCGAUUAAUUUAUAUAGGUUGAGUCGGAAAUAUGGGUCAUACCUUUAAUGACCGAUAAUUGGUGUGGAACUGGAAUUUUUUCGCUAACGGUUUCUAGGGUACAGGGCGCAAAAAUGAAAAAUUGCAUAUUAGGCGUCCCGAUAUUUUCAUCCGAAGAAUCUGCUAUUAACGGUUGACCUAUGUUUUCGACUCACCUUGGAUAGUAGAUUUUUGUAACCGUUAGAUCUCGCAUUACCCUUAAGAUUG